CGCCGCCGCAAGCCGCACGCCGCACGCCGAACGCCGCCGCAAGCCGCACGCUGCACGACGGCUGCUCUAAGGCCACAUAACAGCAGGAUUGCAGUAUGGGCGAAGUGAAACGGUUCUCCCGCGCGGAGGUCGCGCAGCACAAGGGGCGAGCCGGCGGCCGCCUCUGGCUCGUCUACAAGGACUCCGUUUACGACCUCACCGACUACCUCGCCGAGCACCCUGCGGGGGACGCCAUCAUCCUCGAAGAAGGGGGCGGGGACGUCAGCAAGGCCUUCGACGAGGUCGGCCACAGCGGCGACGCGCGGGACAUCAUGGCCAAGUAUAAGAUUGGGGAAGUCAACGAGGAUGAAAAAUAUUACGACGAAAAAGGUAAAAAGAAAAAGCGCGUGGUGGAGGUGCAGCCAGAGGACGGCGGCGGCGGCGGGUCCCGUAGCCUGCUCGGCAUAUGCUGCUGCGGCUUGCUGCGGUAGCGCCCACGUCCGCGCCACGCGUGGGCAUAACCCGACAUCGAGCACGGAAUCUAUUGUAGUCAUUUUAUAAGUCAAAUAGUUUUCUUGUGCAGAAGUAAACCGCGCUAGUAUAAUAUAAAAAAUUUAAAUAUAAGAAGUUAAGCUUGCCGCGAGUCACACCGGUAUCGUGUGAAACUGUUACAAAUAAUUUUUUAUGUAAUAUAUGUAA